GGGCGCAGACUCUGGUUGUCCUCGGUCUCAGUGACCGCUGGUAGCUUCCUGCGCUCUCCCGCCUUCGGCGCUGCCGUCGCCGCGUCCCCCCGGCGUUCAGUCGGGAAGGCGCGGGGGCUUUGCGGGGCCCCGAGCGCCUGGCGGGGGAGGUGGUCGAGCAUAGGCGGCCCGCUCCCGCUGCGGCGCGAGGGUGGGCUUCGUUUGGCCGAAUCUGGCAGUUCCUCGCAUGCCCGGCUCGUGGCAGGCCCGGUGUCAGGGGUCUGAGUAAGGCGAGCUCCAGCUGCAGCAUUUUCUGCAGGCCUGGGCCUGCUCCCGGGACCCUGACUCCCUCUUCUGCUAAAUCACCUCCUUCCAGGGCCCUCCCUUUUUGCUUACUGUCCCCAGAGGCCUAGAAUAAAUGACAGUGGCAGAAAAGAACGGUGUCUUGGGUGGGGUGGGCUGUUUGUCUUCUCUAAAUUCUGGUUGCUACUCUGGGCAUUCCUACUGUCAGGAGCCGGGUUGGGAGGAUCCUGCUCCGGUGGUCACUGCUGCUUGGGUCAGCCUUCCUGUGCCGGUGACCCGGCGCUUCCCCCCCACAAACCACUUUCUGGGCUAGAUGCUGCCAUACGAAGACUCUUCCCAUUUCGGCCUGCCGGGGGCAGUACCUGGGCAGGUAGAGGGUCUGGGGUCAUUGGCUUAAUUGAGGUAAAUGAUUUAUGUCAGAUUACACCCCUGGGCCUGGUUCCAUCCUGGUGGUAGGUCUCUCGGCCAGAACACGUGGAUGCCCACCCACCGAGCCUCAUGGAGGUGGUAACAUUUGGCGAUGUGGCUGUGCACUUCUCUCGGGAGGAGUGGCAGUGUCUGGACCCUGGCCAGAGGGCCCUCUACAGGGAGGUGAUGCUGGAGAACCACAGCAGUGUGGCUGGACUAGCAGGAUUCCUGGUUUUCAAGCCUGAGCUGAUCUCCCGGCUGGAGCAGGGACAGGAGCCGUGGGUCCUCGACCUGCAGGGAGCAGAGGGGACAGAGGCACCAAAGACCUCCAAGACAGGACUGACAGGAAGUCCUUUGGACAUCCCUGGAAGCUGGAGACUGACCACCGAUGAUUCUACGAUUAGGACUGACAAUGAGCAGGCCUGUGAGGACAUGGACAUCCUAAAAUCAGAAUCCUCUGGGACAGUGGUCAGAAUCUCUCCACAGGACUUUGCUCAGAAUCCUUGCUUUGGAGAUGUUUCUGAUUCUGAGGUCUGGUUAGGCAGUCAUUUGGGCAGUCCUGGACUGAGAGUGACAGGCUCUGUCUUCCAGAAUAACUGUGUGAAUGAGGAGACUGUGGUUCCCAAGCCCUUCACCAAGGACACUGCCCAGGGAAGUAAGGAGCUGGGAACCAUCAGCCUGGUUUGUCAGCCUCUUGAAAGUCAGAGGGAGAGUGCAGAAGGGACUUCCCAGAGAUGCGAGGGGUGUGGCAAAGGCUUCACAGUCACUUCAGACUUCGCUCUGCAUUGGGAAAUUAAUACACAGAAGAAAAUUAGCAGAUGUCAAGAAUGCCAAAAAAAGUUAUCUGACUGCUUGCAGGGGAAACAUCCAAAUAACUGCCAUGGAGAGAAGCCAUACGAAUGUGCAGAAUGUGGGAAAGUCUUCAGGCUCUGCUCACAGCUUAAUCAGCAUCAGAGAAUCCACACGGGAGAGAAACCCUUUAAAUGCAUUGAGUGUGGAAAAGCCUUCCGCCUGAGUUCAAAACUUAUUCAGCAUCAAAGAAUUCACACUGGGGAGAAGCCCUACAGAUGUGAGGAAUGUGGAAAAGCCUUUGGUCAGAGCUCAAGCCUCAUCCACCAUCAGAGAAUCCACACAGGAGAGAGGCCCUAUGGUUGUCGUGAGUGUGGGAAAGCCUUCAGUCAGCAGUCGCAGCUGGUUAGACACCAGAGGACUCACACUGGGGAGAGGCCCUACCCUUGCAAGGAGUGUGGGAAGGCCUUCAGCCAGAGCUCCACUCUAGCCCAGCAUCAAAGGAUGCACACUGGGGAAAAAUCUCAAAUUCUGAGAGCCUCAGACAGCCCAAGCCUUGCUGCACAUCAGAGAAUUCACACUGUAGAGAAACCAUUUAAGUGUGAUGAGUGUGGGAAAGCUUUUAGGUGGAUCUCUCGCCUUAGUCAGCAUCAGCUGAUUCACACUGGAGAGAAGCCUUAUAAAUGCAACAAGUGUACAAAAGCCUUUGGUUGUAGUUCACGGCUUAUUCGCCAUCAGAGAACUCACACUGGAGAAAAACCAUUUAAAUGUGAUGAGUGUGGCAAAGGCUUUGUUCAGGGCUCACACCUUAUUCAACAUCAGCGAAUCCACACUGGAGAGAAACCCUAUGUGUGUAAUGACUGUGGAAAAGCCUUUAGUCAGAGUUCAAGCCUCAUUUACCAUCAGAGAAUCCAUAAAGGAGAGAAACCCUAUGAAUGCCUCCAAUGUGGAAAAGCCUUCAGCAUGAGCACACAGCUUACAAUACAUCAAAGGGUUCACACUGGAGAGAGGCCCUAUAAAUGUAACGAAUGUGGGAAAGCCUUCAGUCAGAACUCAACCCUUUUCCAACACCAGAUAAUUCAUGCAGGAGUGAAGCCCUAUGAGUGCAGCGAAUGUGGAAAAGCCUUCAGCCGGAGCUCAUAUCUUAUUGAACACCAGAGAAUACACACUAGGGCCCAGUGGUUUUACGAAUAUGGGAAUGCCCUAGAAGGGUCUACUUUUGUGAGCCGUAAAAAAGUUAAUACUAUAAAGAAACUGCAUCAGUGUGAUGACUGUGAGAAAAUAUUUAGGUGGCGUUCACAUCUAAUUAUACAUCAGAGAAUUCACACUGGGGAGAAGCCUUAUAAAUGCAAUGACUGUGGCAAAGCUUUUAAUCGGAGCUCAAGACUUACCCAGCAUCAAAAAAUUCACAUGGGAUAGACCACUUAUCUGUAUAAAUGUGUAUAUAUAUAUAUAUAUAUAUAUAUGAAUAAAUCUACAGCCUUAACUUAUUUUAUAUGGGAUCAUUUAUACUGACAAACAUGUAGAAUGUUGGUAAAGACUCAGAAUUGCUCUCUUAAGAUUAUCCAACUUCAUACAAAGUGUAUGUUUAUUUGCUGGAAUGUUUGACCUUAACCGGUUCAAUAAAGCCUGUGUCACUCACA